AUGAAGGAAGCGACGACUUUAGUAUGCAGAUUCUGUUGUACUCACAGUACUACGAGGCGGUCGUAUAGCGGAGGCAGCGCGCUCAGGCCGGCGGCGCGACACGAGACGCGCGUGCUUCCCUCGGAGCACGUACAGCGUGCGGCCGGGCACGGGGGCGCCGCGGCCGCGCCGGGGCCCGCCAGCGCCAGCGACACCACGGCCAGCGCCAGCGCCGCAGCCAUGGUUCACCUGGCCGCGCCACACGCGCCGCCCCCACCUGUCUCCGCACGCGUCGACAUGCUCCUCACUGACACCACACCAGCUACUCCUACACGACCCGCCGCGGCCGCUUCUUAA